AUGGUACACGAAUGCCUAUCAGGCCUUCCACAUGGCUGGAGCGUUUCUGACAGCACAGUGUACAAUAACACACUAAUGCACCUUAGCGUAUCGUUAAAGUACCAAAAUCUCAAUAAGCUAGAGUCUCAGCUUGCGUUGGUUUCUACGCCAGGUAGCCCCAAGUAUGGCCAAUAUCAGGACUUGGACAGCCAGAAUGCCAUGUUUGCACCAUCUACAGACGCGGCAAACAAAGUCAAGUCGUGGCUUAGCAAAUCGGGCGCCACAAACAUAGUCAGUGAUGGUGUAACGGUCAGAUUCGACUCGUCGGUGGCCAAGGCCAACCAGAUGAUGAGUGCUGCAUUCAAGCUGUACACGGACGGGCAGACAACCAAGCUGCGAACGAUGUCCUACUCAGUGCCUGAGGAUCUCGCUCAAUAUAUCGAUAUUAUCUCCCCGACUACGUACUUUGGAGAGAUGAAAGCUCAAGCAGUUCUACCGCGAGAAGAGGAAAUUCCCACCCUGACUACUCGCGACAAGCCGAGCCAGCCCCAGCUCAAUCCAGCUUGCACUACCACGUAUGUCUCGAAGAGAACAGGCCGGCAUUACGACCUCCUUACACCGCAGUGUCUGAGCGAGUUGUACAACACUGGAGGCUACAAGGUGGACCCAAAAUCCGGAAGCAGUAUUGCUUUUGCCAAUUUCGUGAAUCAGACACCAAGCUACAGCGAUCUUGACCUGUUCGAAAAAGCAUUCAAUAUUCCCGAGCAAAACUUCACUGUACUUGCGCUGUUGAAUGGAGCAGUCAACGAUCAAAAUCCUCUGACAGAAAUGGAUGGCGAAGCCAAUCUGGACGUGCAGAACAUCGUUGGACUCGUCGAUGGCUUGCCCAUCUACACUUAUAUCACAGGAGGCAUUGCUCCUGCCAUCCCUGAUCUCCAGAGUCCGAACGCCUCCCUGGAUACCAACGAGCCAUUUGCGGAGUAUUAUCAAUACCUGCUGUCACAACCGAACUCCAAGUUGCCGUACAUAUUCUCUCAGAGCUAUGGAGACCACGAGAACACGGUCCCGCCGAAAUAUGCUGCCCGAGUCUGCAACAUGAUCGGUAUGCUCGGUCUUCGCGGUCGAACAGUCCUUGCCAGUUCCGGCGACCAAGGCACCGGAGUAAUCUGCCGCGCCAAUCUCCCUCCUGGAAAUGUGAUUGAAGGCGCGCCCCAAUUCGAACCACGAUUUCCAACAACCUGUCCCUACGUAACCGGAGUAGGUGGCACACAAUCCUUCAACAACGAAAUCGCCUGGAAUGCCACCGGAGGAGGCUUCAGCAAGUACUUCAAAACCGCAUGGUAUCAAAAAUCCGCCAUCAAUACCUACCUCUCGAAACACAUUAGUCCCGCUACGAAAACCUACUACAGCUCGAACAACUUCGUAGAUUUCCACGGACGUGCUAUUCCAGAUAUUGCUGCACACAGUCUCUAUCCCGACUACGCAACCUUCAUCAACGGCUCUAUCGCUCCAAACGGAGGUACCUCCGCCGCCACUCCCGUAGUAGCAUCCAUCAUCGCCCUCCUCAACGACGCCCGUCUACGCGCCGGACUGCCCGCAAUGGGAUUUCUCAAUCCGUGGCUCUAUGGUGCCGCAGCUGAUACACUCAACGAUAUCACCGAAGGGAGUGCUGUGGGAUGCAAUGGAAUUGAUAUACAAAAUGGAAAUCCACUUCCCGGGGCGGCGAUUAUUCCUUUUGCAAGUUGGAAUGCUACGGAAGGUUGGGAUCCUACGACGGGAAUUGGCACGCCGGAUUUUUGGAAGAUGAAGAGUCGUGCGUUGGAGACUUGUGCUUGGGGGAAUGUGCCGAGUGAAAUUUGGAGGUUUCCGCCUGUUGGAGGGUGGAGUUGGAAGAAUUGA